AUGACAUCAUAUCCUGUGCAAAAGACCCCUCAGGAGUGGCAGGCAAUUCUCACACCAGAACAAUACCGCAUCCUCCGCCUAAAAGGCACCGAACCGCCUGGCAGUGGCGUCUAUGACAAGCACUACCCCUCCAAGGGUAUCUACCGCUGUGCGGGAUGUGACGCGCCUCUCUACAAAGCAUCGCACAAGUUCUCGUCCGGGUGCGGCUGGCCGGCCUACUAUGACUGCAUUCCGGGAGCGGUUGAGCGCCAUGAGGACCGCAGCCACGGCAUGGUUCGCACAGAAAUCGUGUGCGCUCGCUGCGGUGGUCAUCUGGGCCAUGUAUUCAAGGGGGAGGGGUUCCCCACGCCGACAGAUGAGCGUCACUGUGUGAAUAGUAUUUCGUUGAGGUUUACAGAGGAUGAGGAGGAAGCGGGGGAGGGGAAGAAAGAUGAGGAGGGGGAGAACAAGGCAUGA